AUGUAUCUCAGAGGAGCUCUCGCGGCGGCCGGCCUGGCCACCACCGCCUAUGCCCAAACCCAGCAGGGCUUCAACUACGGCGCCACGAACGAGGACGGUUCCUGCAGAGGCUACGACGACUUCGCGAGCUACUUCAACACCGCAAAGAGCUUGGCUGGCACUUCAGGAUUCACUUCUGCUCGUCUCUACACGUCGAUCCAGUGCGGCACCGUCAACGAUCCGAUCUCCGCAUACCAGGCCGCGAUCGACACCGAUACCCAGAUCCUCGUGGGUCUGUGGGCCAGCGCCGGACGGGGCAUCUACGAGAACGAGCUCAACUCGCUGCUGCGUGCCGCCGAGCAGUACGGCACCGCCUUUACGGACCGCGUGGUUGGCAUCAGUGUCGGUUCGGAGGAUCUCUACCGCAGCAGCCCCGACGGCGUUGCCGCGAACGCCGGCGUCGGCGCCACCGGCGCGGAGAUCGAAGGAUACAUCGGAUGGUUGAGGGACUGGAUCCGCGGAACCGCCCUCGAGGGCAAGCCCAUCGGCCACGUCGACACCUGGACGGCGUGGGUCAGGGGUGAGAACGCCGGUGUUGCUGCGUCCGUCGACUGGCUUGGCCACAACUCGUUCCCGUACUUCGAGUCGACGAAGCCCAACGCGAUCGAGCAGGCCGCCGACAACUUCUGGUCUGCUCUGGGUAACACGGAAAGUGUUGCAGCAGGAAAGCCUGUGUUCGUCACUGAGACUGGCUGGCCACACAUCGGUCCUCAGCAGGGCGCUGCUGUCGCCUCUGUCGACAAUGCUCGCAGCUACUGGUCUCAGGUUGGAUGCGCUUUGUUCGGUCAGCGCAAUGUCUGGUGGUACACUCUGCUCGAUGCGAACACCGCGCAGACCGACAUUUCCUUCGGUGUCACGCCGGCGGGCAGCUCAACGCCUGUUUUUGACCUCAGCUGUUAA